CCUGGGUGUGAAUGGUGUAACCCAAACCUUGUCAGGUUUGCGCUGUUGGUUGAGUUCCUCUCCCUGCUGAAACAAAUGUGCCGUUCUGGUACAUUUACACUAUGUUUGUGCGGCCUCACGUUAAAUGCAGUGUGCAGUUCUGGGCACAGUGAGGAUGGUGAAGGGCUUUAGGGGGAAGGAAGCCAUAUGAGGAGCAGCUGAGGUCACUUGGUCUGUUCAGUCUGGGGAAGAUGAACAGACCAAGAUGAGAAGAGGCUAAGGGGAGAUCUCCUUGUGGUGUUCAGCAUCCUUGUGAGGAGAAGAGGAGGGGCAGGUACUGAUCUCUGUGGUAACCAGUGGCAGGACCCAAGGGAAUGGCCUGAAGCUGUGUCAGGGAAGGUUGAGGUUGAAUAUUAGGAGAAGGUUCUUCACCCAGGGAGUGCUUGGACGCUGGCUUCCCAGCACCAACCUGACAGAGCUCAAGAGGCAUUUGGACAACAUUGUUGUGUACCUGGUAUACAUGGUGACUCUUGGAGGUGGUCAUGUGUAGAGCUGGGAGUUGGAUUAGAGAUGAUCCUUCCAACUCAGAAUAUUCUGUGAUUCAGAAAAAAUGGUGGUUUGUAAAGGAACUGGCCAUCUAGAGUAAUCAGUGGGGAUAAUUCCUAAAUGAGCACCCUCCCUCUUGACCUGAGUGAGCGAGAUCCCCGUGGGUGAGCUGGCCUGUCCCACGGCAGGACCACCCUUGGACAGGGUUUUGCCCACCUGCAUGGUGACUGUCCCUGGCUGCCCACAGACCUGCCUUGCGCAACGGCGCUCUGGCACUGAGGGCUGAUUCUGGCUCCAUCAUCAGCUUUCAGGUCAGUUGGUUUCAUAUUUGUACAUCGACCUUCAGUAGCAGAAGUCAGAUAACACUGGAAGCUGUGUAUUGCAGCUUCUCACAGCAGGUACUAACCUACUUUUGCAGGUCUUAUCACCGGGUCUGAUGUAAGGAGUUUUGCACUUGCAGUCCUAAUUUGAGGAACAGGUUGUCCAGAGGAGUUAUGGGGUCUCUUCCACUGGAGAUACUCAGGAACUGACUGGACACAAUCCUGUGCCACGUGCUCUAGGAUGACCCUGCUUGAGCAGAAAGGUUGGACCAGGUGACCACUGUGGUCCCUUCCAGCCUGAGCCAUUCCAUGAUUCUGUAAUUGUAGAGGCCACUUCCUCUGCUAGGAGGGCAAGAUGAACAUUUGUUGUUGGGAAGAUGAGUAGUUUUUGUUAAUGUGCCCCUCGUCAGCUCAACCUAAGGAUAGCUAGGCUAAUUUUCACUAUUGUUAAGGAAUUUAAUGUGUUCUUCUAAGGCUGAAUCAGUAGCUGGGAGAAACUCUCAUGGAUUUAUUUGUGUCAAGGACAUGGAUUCUGCCAUAGAACUAUGUUGCAUGAUACACACCAGCCAGGAAACAAGUGUAAUGUUAUUUUGAGUAGCAGCUGAUUUGCAUGUCUCAGCUUCAGUUGUCAGCAGGUGUGGGUAAUAUGUUUUGUCAUUAUCAUGAGAAGUAAAGGGAGAAGUAGUCUUCCAUAAAAAGAGAAAAUGAAAUAGCAAGUUCUUUAAGUCAUUGCUCAGGAGACAUUUUUCCAGACUCUCAUGCAGUCAUCCUGCUGAGUCACUAACACUGAAGUCCAAACAUGUUGGUGACAAAAUUUCUUUCAGUCAAGUCAAACACAAAUAAGUACUGCCCUUACUUCUGGUGGCACAUAGGAGAGGAGGAUGAAGUGAGAAUUUCCCAGUGAACUCAGAAGGCUGGUCUAGAAGAAACUAAGAGCACAAAAAAGGAGUGAAGAAAAUGCACAGGUCAGAAGAUGGACAAGGGGGAUAGAGGAGAAAUGAAGAGAAAAUGGCAAGAAAGACUGAAGAAAGUGGAAGAACUAGCAUCUCACUAUGAAAGAAAUCCUCUUCCUACAGUUUAUAGACCAAGACUGUCCAAACCCUCUAUGCCAUCCUCUGUUUGGAAAAUAUUUUCUCGACAGGCUGAAGCAUUUAAUUAUGUAAAAGCCUGUGAAGAGGAUGUUCAUGUAUUUGCUUUGGAAAAGAACACACAGAGUGGACAGAGGUUUUACCUUGUGACAACAUAUGAAGAGCUUUGGUUUUAUUACACUCAAGGUUGUAAAACAAGUCUUAUGCAUUGCUAUGAAGUAAUUCCUGAAAAAGAAGCUUGCAAACUUUAUUUUGAUUUGGAGUUUUACAAACCAGCAAAUCCUGAUGCAGAUGGCAAGAGUAUGGUCAUGAAGUUAAUUGAGCUUGUCAGCCAAAAAUUAAAAGAAUUUUAUGAUGUAAAUUGUUCAUCAGAAGAUGUCUUGAACUUGGAUUCCAGUACUGAUGAAAAAUUUAGUCGGCACUUAAUUUUUCUGCCCCAAAAGACUGUGUUUAAGGAUAACACUCAUAUUGGUAACUUUGUGAGAACCAUUUUGCAGCCUGCCAUAAGAUUAUUGCAGAGUAGGACUGCUGUCAUUCCAACAGAAGAAGCAGAGAAUGUUUUCCAGUGUUCUGCAGGAGCUAGAUUAGAUGGUUCUCUUACAAACCUUCCAGCUGUUGAAGAUGAUUCUAAAGACAGGCCAGCCAUUGCUCAUGAAACAAAGGAUGUGGAAAUGCCACACCAGGGAGAAAAUUUGGAUUUUUCCUUCCUAAUAGUAAACGAUAAAGAAGGCAACAAGCAGCUUUUUGUGGAUCUAGGAGUUUAUACAAAGAAUAGAAAUUUCCGGAUGUAUAAGUCAUCAAAAGCAGGAAAAAAUGUGAUUCUGAAGAUAGCAGAGGAUAAUAAGUUUAUCCCCAACUGUGAAAAGGGUGUUUCCUUGGAAGAAGCAUAUUUUCUUUCCUCUUUAAUCUGCAACAUUGGAGCGAGUGAUGACAUCAAAGUUCUGUCAUCUGGCUUUUCAGAGGAGGAGAGAAAAAUGUCUGCUUUUUUAAACAGUAAAACUACCAGAAGCAGCAGAGAUCCCAUGGAAGGUUACCAGGGUUCACCAUAUCCAGAAAUUGAUAAUUUUGUUCGUUCCUUGGUUAAUAAAGAUGGGCUACAAGGAGGGAUAAGACAAUGGAGUUACUUCUCUCUCAAAGAACUACUUAUUUAUGAUAUUUACGGUUACCGUUGGUGUGAAAAUAUUGGAAGAGCUCACAAAAGUAACAAUAUAAUGAUUCUGGUAGAUCUAAAGAAUGAAGUCUGGUAUCAAAAGUGUCACGAUCCUGUCUGCAGAGAACAAAACUUCAAAUCACAAAGUUUCCCAUUGCCACCUGGGAUAUGCCUCCUGUCUCUUUUCAAAGAGGAAGAAGAGUCCAUGCUAAUGGAUGACAGGGGGCACACAGAAGGAAAAGUACAUCCACAUUCUCACGUGUCAGACUUGUCAAAAAGCUCAGUAUCUCCAGAGACCAGCUGGUCUCAGGACUUCCUGUUGUCAGACAGUGAGUGGGAAAACACAAGUGAUGAUGCCUGUUUCCUAGAAGCUGCUGAAGAUGUGGAACUAGCUGUAGCUGCAGAUGACAGUGUGAAUUAUGGCAUGGAAGAAAUCCCAGAUGAAGUUCUUUUGGAAGCUUUAGGGAAAGAAGACCUCCACGCUAAAGAAGGCAGCUAAGCCCAGGCCUGGCCAGCAGUGAAUGACACUUGUGUGGCUCAUGCUGGUGUGAAAGGUCACAGGCACCACUCCAGAGCUGCAGGACAAAGAAUGGAGUGCCUGGUGAACUUCAGCAGGCGUGAGGAGAUCAUGGAAGGCUAUGUGGGGGCUGAAGAGAACGGGACUGGAAUACUCACUGUGAAUGCUGCUCCAAGCUCAACACUUUUAAUGCUCUUUGCUGCACAGUUUCUGUUUUGUUAGUUGUAUGUCCAAGUUUUAUUGAGAAGCCAACAAAGCCUUAUUUCCAUAAAAAAGAUUAAAUUAUUUAUCAAAUGCAAAUUUAAUAAAAAUAUUUGUUUAUUCA